AUGCCAGGCCUGCCACCUCUCCAUGCCAGCGACGGCUCUUCCGCCAUGAAAUCAACGUCGCUGACGAUGGGUGCCAAGUCACGGCGCAAUACAACCUCAAGAAACGACGAAUAUCCUGGCUUCGACCUUGCCUUGGACAUGGUUGAUGUCAUCCGUUGGAUCGUGCCUACUCUAAGCGCCACACAAGUCAAGGGCUACGAGUUCGGAUACGGCGUGCUGGACGGCAACACCGGGAAUCAGUUCUACCACGCGGAGAAGCGCGAGGAAGGACUGACCAAGGGAUCCUACAAGAUCCAGCUUCCCGACGGCCGCGUCCAGACCGUCACCUACGUGGCCGAUGGCAACGGCUUCCACCCCAAGAUCACCUACGAGGGCGAGGCGCAAUACCCCAAUGCCGAACCCGAAGACGCCGUUUAA